AUGAAACUGAUAUACCUAGGAAGUGCGUUCUCUAUCAUUUGGUACAUCAGGCACCACAAACUGGUCCGGAGGUCGUAUGACAAGGAUCAAGACACAUUCCCGCGAUCUUAUCUCAUUGUCCUCUCCUUCGCUUUAGCUGUCUUUGUACACGAGAAACUCACAUUCAAGGAGGUAAUGUGGACAUUCUCGUUGUAUUUGGAAGCUGUUGCAAUACUGCCCCAACUUGUGUUGCUGCAGAAGACUAGAAAUAUAGACAACUUAACAGGACAAUACGUUUUUUUACUAGGGUCAUACAGAGCAUUGUACAUAUUAAAUUGGAUUUACCGCUACUUAACUUAA